CCUCCGUUUCUAAGUCCAGCUCCACCGUUAGCUCCCAAAUCUCGGUGUGGCCGCGGCGGCCGAGGCGAGGCGAGAAAUGUCGUCCUCCGUCUCCGCCGCCGUUCUCCGCCGUCUCGGCGACCGGCUCGGCCUCCGCCGACUCGCGACGCUCCCCGACUACGCGGCCGGCGCCGAGGAGCUGCCGCAGCACCCCACCUCCAAGGACGCCUACUUCGCGGCGGUCAACCACCUCUCCACCAUCGUACGGCGCGACUUCUACCUGGAGCGCACCCUGAACCGCCUCCGCCUGCCGUCCCCCUUCCCGCCGGACCUCGCGCUCCGCGUCAUCCGCGCCGCUGCCCCCUCCGAGCCCCUCCACGCCGCCCGCUUCCUAGCGUGGCUCCGGGCGAAGCCCAAUUUCUCCCCCUCCGCCGAUCACUUCGACGCGCUGCUCCUCCCGCUCGCCCGCGCGCGCCUCUUCACCCACCUCUGGACCCAGGCCUCCGACAUGCGCGCGCUCGGCCUCCCCCUCUCUCCGGCAACCUUCUCGGCGGUUAUCUCGUCCUACGGCCACUCCCGCCUCGCCGAGCAGGCCGUCGAGGUCUUCAAUCGCCUUCCCCAUUUCGGGUGCCCGCAGACCACCGAGGUCUACAACGCCCUUCUCGAUGCGCUCUGCGCCAACGGCAACUUCGCCGGCGCCUACAAGCUGCUCCGCCGCAUGGCGCGAAAGGGCGUGGCCCCAGACCGCGCCACGUUCAGCACGCUCGUCGACGCCUGGUGCGCGUCGGGGAAGCUCCGGGAGGCGCAGGCGUUCCUCGACGACAUGUCGUCCCGCGGGUUCCGGCCGCCGGUGCGCGGCCGGGACCUCCUCGUCGACGGGCUCGUCCGAGCUGGGCGCCUGGAAGAAGCCAAGGCAUUCGCCCUCCGCAUCACCAAGGAGGGCGUCCUCCCCGACGUGGCCACAUUCAACUCGCUCGCCCAGGCGCUUUGCGAUGCUGGUGAUGUGGAAUUCGCCGUGGGUCUUCUUGCCGAUGCUUCCAGUCGUGGCAUGUGCCCAGAUAUCUCAACUUACAAAGUGAUGCUACCGGCCGUGGCCAAGGCUGGCCGAAUUGAGGAGGCAUUCCGAUUGUUCUAUGCGGCUAUUGAGGAUGGCCACCGGCCCUUCCCAAGUCUAUAUGCGGCGAUCGUCAAGGCGCUCUGCAAGGCAGGUCGUUUCGCUGAUGCUUUCGCCUUUUUUGGUGAUAUGAAGUCCAAGGGGCACCCACCUAACCGGCCUGUGUAUGUGAUGCUUGUCAAAAUGUGUGUGAGGGGUGGUCGGUUCUUGGAUGCUGCAAACUACCUUCUUGAGAUGAGUGAGGCUGGGUUCGCGCCACGGGCGCCAACCUUUAACGUUGUAGUUGAUGGGCUGCGGCAUCUUGGGAAACAUGAUCUAGCCCGGAGGAUGGAGCAGCUUGAGAUGUCACUAAAAGGAAACUGAAUGGAUCCGGAAGUAGAUGCAGUCUAGUGGGGCGCUGCGAAUUGCUUGGUGAAGUUUCUGAAUUUCCAGUGUAGGUUCACAAGAAAAGUAGUGGCGGAGUAGGCACUAAGUUCAGAGGAAUUGUUUCAACUUUACUUUGCCCUCGGUGAGCAUCAGAUACUCGAUUGGCAUGCAGAAUUGGACUUACCUUACAGUGUCCUAAUACCUUCUGACAAGGAACCAUCCGGGUGCACCCAACGAGAUCAAAGUUGAAUGAACCUAUGUUGUUACAUCAUGUGGCCAGAAUAGCCGGGCAUGCAGUGGCUCGACGUUCACAAGCUUUUCUUUUUUUUUAGGAUACACACAAGUAUGUGUAUCAUAUAUUAAAGGGAGAAAGGGGGUAAAGAGCCCCAUCCGCCAGAGUCUUACAUGCGAUUACAAUACAUGAUGACUCCCCAUCCACCGGACGUUCACAAGCUGAUUACAGGCUAUUGUAUCUCCUGAACAUACUACUGCAGAACUCAAGAACUCCCCAGUGAUUUGGGGAAGGAAUUUGCCUCGCGUUCGAUGGCCUGCCUUCUGUAUGGCGACAAACUAGAAACUACUGUCACGGCGGUGUUAGUAAGCGUAUGGGCACGACUGCAAAAGGGGGGAAUGCAGAAAUGUUUUGUAAUCAGGAGGUCAGCUAUGAUCCUAUGACUGAUCACACCGCUGAGGAACGCAAAUCCGAGAAGCCGAGGGAGGGGGUUGAUGAUGAGAUACAGCAUUGUCUUGCAUUUCAUAGACUGGGAAGAUUAUUUUUCUUGUGAAAAAACAUUGCUUAAUGUGAAUGUUGCAAUGAACUGAUAUACCUUGUCUUUUUCCCCGACCGAAGGUCUUUUGAAGACGUAUACAUUGUUCAACUUUCAGUGAUGGAAAUUGUGGGUAAAUUCAGUUGGUCCAA